GGAGUUUAGGACCCAGGGGCAGCCCGGGGCGGCCCUCUGGGCAGCGGAGAUCCUCCCCCAACCUUCCCCGCCCGCCGAGCGGCUCAGAUGUCCGAGUAGCGGCGGCUCUGGCGUUCCGCAUCCUCUGUCUGCGGCGGCGGGGGCUGGCGGCCCCGGCCCCUGCCCGGCCCCCUCCCCCAACCCCAUGCCUCAGCUCUAACCCCGCCGCCCUCCCCCGCGGGGGGCAUUUCCCCGUGUCCCCUGCCCGCCCCGUCCAAGUCAGGCGCCAUGAACGACCAGUACCACCGGGCGGCUCGGGACGGCUACCUGGAACUCCUCAAGGAGGCCACCCGGAAGGAGCUGAACGCCCCCGACGAGGAUGGCAUGACCCCCACCCUCUGGGCUGCUUAUCACGGCAACCUGGAGUCACUGCGCCUCAUCGUGAGUCGAGGGGGUGACCCGGACAAGUGUGACAUCUGGGGCAACACGCCCCUGCACCUGGCAGCUUCCAAUGGCCACCUGCACUGCCUCUCCUUCCUGGUGUCCUUCGGGGCCAACAUCUGGUGCCUGGACAACGACUACCACACGCCGCUGGACAUGGCCGCCAUGAAGGGCCACAUGGAGUGCGUGCGCUACCUGGACUCCAUCGCGGCCAAGCAGAGCAGCCUCAACCCCAAGCUGGUGGGCAAGCUGAAGGACAAGGCCUUCCGCGAGGCGGAGCGGCGCAUCCGCGAGUGCGCCAAGAUGCAGCGCAAACACCACGAGCGCAUGGAACGGCGCUACCGGCGCGAGCUGGCCGAGCGCUCGGACACGCUCAGCUUCUCCAGCCUCACGUCCAGCACCCUGAGCCAGCGGCUGCAGCAUCUGGCGCUCGGCAGCCACCUGCCCUACUCGCAGGCCACGCUGCACGGCACCGCCAAGGCCAAGACCAAGAUCCAGAAGAAGCUGGAGCGGCGCAAGCAGGGAGGCGAAGGCACCUUCAAGAUCUCCGAGGACGGCCGCAAGAGCGUGCGCUCGCUCUCGGGCCUGCAGCUGGGCAGCGACGUGAUGUUUGUGCGCCAGGGCACCUACGCCAACCCCAAGGAGUGGGGCCGCGCCCCGCUCCGGGACAUGUUCCUCUCCGACGAGGACAGCGUCUCCCGUGCCACACUGGCGGCCGAGCCUGCGCGCUCGGAGGUCAGCACCGACUCAGGCCACGACUCCCUGUUUACCCGCCCGGGCCUGGGCACCAUGGUGUUCCGCAGGAACUACCUGAGCAGCGGGCUGCACGGCCUGGGCCGCGAGGACGCGGCGCUGGACGGCGCGGGCACGCCGCGGGGUCGGCUUCAGAGCUCCCCCAGCCUCGACGACGACAGCCUGGGCAGUGCCAACAGCCUGCAGGACCGCAGCUGCGGGGAGGAGCUGCCCUGGGACGAGCUGGACCUGGGCCUGGAUGAGGACCUGGAGCCCGAGACGAGCCCGCUGGAGACGUUCCUGGCCUCCCUGCAGAUGGAGGCCUUCACCCCCAUCCUGCGGCAGGAGAAGAUCGACCUCGAGGCGCUCGUGCUGUGCUCGGACCUCGACCUCCGCAGCAUCAGCGUCCCCCUGGGACCCCGCAAGAAGAUCAUGGGGGCCGUGCGGAGGCGGAGGCAGGCGCUGGAGCGCCCGCCGGCCCUGGAGGACACAGAGUUGUGAGUGCCCAGAGCCUCGGCGGGGAUGGCAAGAUAGGGCUUGUAAGGCCCUGGGGUGGGCGUGGAUCUGUCUGCCUUUUCGGGUGGGGCAUAAUAAC